AUGAAUGUGACUGAUUUAAUUCUAAUAGGACUUACACAGAAUCCUCAGAUGCAGAGAAUUCUAGUUGUUGUUUUGUUUAUCAUCUACAUUGUCACUGUUACAGGAAACCUGCUCAUUGUGGUCACCAUAAUCUACAGUCAGACAUUUAAAACCCCAAUGUAUUUUUUCCUGGCCUUCUUAUCUUUGAUAGAUGCCUGCUACUCCUCUUCCACACUUCCUAAAAUGCUAGCUGACUUGCUCUCUGAGACAAAAACCAUCUCCUUCAGUGGCUGCAUGACACAGAUCUUUACUGAACAUUUCUUAGGUGGUUCUGAGGUUGCCCUCCUUGUGGUCAUGGCCUAUGACCGUUACGUGGCCAUCUGUAGUCCUCUGCACUAUGUGACCAUCAUGAACCACCAUGUAUGCUGCCUUUUGGUGGGGGUGUCUUGGACAGUGGGUUUUCUCCACUCCAUUGAACAGAUUCUUGUCACUUUCUGGCUCCCAUUCUGUGGCCCCAACAUUAUGGAUCACUUCACGUGUGACGUCCUUCCCCUGAUACAACUUGCCUGCACAGACACAUUCCUUGUUGGUCUCUUGAUUGCUGCCAAUGGUGGGGUAAUCUGUGUAAUAACCUUUGUAAUGUUGUCGAUAUCCUAUGUUGCUAUCCUAUAUUCCUUGAGGACUCAGAGCUCUGCAGGGAGGAAAAAGGCCCUCUCUACCUGUGGUUCCCACAUCACUGUUGUUGUCUUGUUCUUUCUGCCCUGUAUUUAUAUAUAUAUGCGACCAGUAGCCACCUUCUCCAUGGAUAAAGCCAUAACUGUAUUCUAUACUCUUGUCACUCCCAUGUUAAAUCCCAUUAUCUACACAGUAAGGAAUGCAGAAGUAAAAAAUGCCAUCAAAAUGUUACUGAAAAGAAAUGUAAUUUCAGAUAAUAAAUGA